AUGGCGGGUGCUACAGCAGUUUUCCUCACUUAUCCCUUGGACACCGCAAAAGCUCGCUUAUCAAUAUCAACUAAGAGGGAGUAUGCUACAUUGGCGUCGGUCUUCAUAAAAACCAUCAAUAAAGGGGGAGUUCUCACGCUGUACAGUGGAUUGUGGCCCACUUUACUAGGAGUCACUCCAUACGCAGGUUCUUCAUUCUUCACGUAUGAGACCUUGAAGUUGAAGUAUAAGGAAAGGACUGGAUAUGAUGCUACUUCCCCGUGGAGAAUGCUUUUUGGCGCGUUUGCCGGAUUAGUGGGACAAUCUUCGUCUUAUCCACUCGACAUCAUUAGACGAAGGAUGCAAACCGGUCACAUCAAACCAAACAGCGGAGUGUUAAGAUCUCUCAUCUCCAUCUAUAAAAACGAAGGCCUAAAACGUGGACUCUAUAAAGGUCUCAGCAUGAAUUGGGUGAAAGGCCCAAUUGCCGUUGGUGUCUCCUUCACAACUUACGAAUACCUCAGACAGUAUUUUAUUUCAUAG